AAUUUGCUGCCUCUGAUGAAGAUAUCGCGGGGAGGGGAUCACACACAAAAGUGAGAGCUACGAUAAAUUGGAUGAGGGAUACAACUGGUGUUUCCACGCACUACUCGUAAUAAAUUGGCUUUGUGCCUGUGUUACUGUAUGGGCUACGCACAGAAAAUAACCAGCCCCCAACUUGGUGCAUGCAAGUGCGAUGUUUUUCUAACUCAAAUAACGGAAAAGGCAGGCAACCAGAGCAAACUAUGAGAAUUUGUACACCUUUUUUUUUUACUUGUGGGGAGGUAUUUUCCUACGACAGUUCCGUUCGAGCAUGACAUUGUGGAGUUUCAAUGCUAUUUUAAAGUAUCUUAUGGUGAAAUUUCCCUCCCACAAUAAUUAGGUGUGUGCUUAAUAAUCAGGGUAUGCGGGAGGCAGGGCGCUACAGACUUUGUGCUGUGAACUUUAUCCCGACUUUUUCACUCGGAUCAAAUGCCCCUUUUCUUUGGAUUUGAGUUCCCACUCGUAAUAUCUUUAUUAAAUCUGUUUCCCUGUACUCCGUAACUUUCCCUUUCUGUUGGAAAAGAAAAGUCCGCUAAAUUCCAUUCGGGCAUUCGAGGGCGGAAACUGGAUGUCCUGAGAAAAUGUUUCAAGUUCUGCAGACGCUGAUGUUUCUGGUCGUGUCUCGUAAGCUGUUUUACACCUACAAUAUCGAUGUGGAACACCCUGUGGUAUAUCGGGGUCCCAAUGGCACUUUUUUUGGGUACUCGGUAUUGGAACAUUACCACGACAAUACGAGAUGGGUACUUGUGGGUGCACCAAAGGCAGAAUCUAGAUACAGUAACUUUAUGCAGUCUCCAGGUGCUGUCUUCAAAUGUCGUGUGCACACCAAUCCUGAAAGACAGUGCACAGAGCUGGAUAUGGGUCGAGAUAACAUCAGGGGUUCUUUGUGUGGAAAGAGUUGCAAAGAAGACCGAGACAAUGAGUGGAUGGGUGUAAGCUUAGCCAGACAACGCAAGACCAAUGGCAGCGUGUUGGCUUGUGCACAUCGCUGGAAGAAUAUCUAUUAUGAAGCUGAGGUCAUUCUUCCCCAUGGAUUUUGUUUAAUACUUUCACCAAACCUGCAAGCCAGUGUCAGGAAGCUAAUCCCUUGUUAUGAAGAUCAUACCAAGAAGUUUGGGGAAGGACAUGGCUCCUGUCAAGCUGGAAUAUCCGGCUUUUUCACAGAGGAGGUCGUAGUCAUUGGUGCCCCUGGAUCUUACUUAUGGACUGGCACAGUUAAAGUGUUGAAUGUAACUGGAGCAGGCAGCAAGUGGUUCAGCUUGAAAGAAAGUGCCGCUGGCACCAACCAGUUCAGCUACCUAGGAUAUGCUGUGACAGCAGGUCAUUUCUCACACCCCACGAGUACAGAUAUUGUGGGAGGAGCACCACAGGCAGAUGGCUAUGGAAAGAUUUACAUUUACAGGUUUGAUAAAGACUCCUUAACAACGAUUUUCCAGACAUCAGGAAAGAAGAUGGGAUCAUAUUUUGGCUCUUCCUUAUGUGCUGUUGAUCUGAACAAAGAUGGGCUGUCAGACCUGCUGGUUGGUGCACCCAUGUUCACAGAGAUAAGAGAUGAAGGUCAAGUUACUGUUUAUCUCAGCAAAGGAAAUGGUUUACUAGAGGAGCAGCUUGUUUUAAAUGGAGAAAAUUCAUAUAAUGCCCACUUUGGUGAAGCAAUAGCCUUAUUAGGAGAUAUUGAUGACGAUGGAUUCCCAGACGUUGCUGUUGGUGCUCCUAAAGAAGAUGACUUCACAGGUGCCAUAUACAUCUACCAUGGAGAUGCAGGAGGGAUAGUCGCAUGCUAUUCUAUGAGACUGUCUGGUCAGCGGAUUAACCCAGUACUGCAGAUGUUUGGACAGUCCAUUUCAGGAGAGGUUGAUAUGGAUGGAAAUGGCUACCCAGAUAUUACAGUUGGGGCAUACUUGACAGACACAGUAGUGUUGCUGAGAACUCGACCAGUCAUUACAGUAGUGGCAUCCAUUGUUCUUCCUGUGUCCAUCAAUAUUACUUCUGAUCGCUGUCAUGAUGGUGUACAUCAGCUCAGCUGUAUCAAAGUAUCUGUCUGUUUUUGCUUUCAUGGGAAAGAGGUUCCAGGAAAAAUAGGUCUGAAUUAUCAUCUAACUGCAGAUGUGGCAAAGAAAGAGAAAGGUCUUCAGUCAAGGCUUUCCUUCAUUUUGUCUGGAGAAAUGACAAGUCAGAUAACUGAUGAAAUACAGCUGUCACAUAUGAUGCAAACAUGUAAGAAUUACACAGUCUAUGUAAAGCAAUAUGUCAAAGACGUGAUAUCACCAAUUGUUUUUGAAGCAGCCUACAGCCUACGUCAGCAUAUAGUUCCAGAGACUGAUAAGGAGUUGCCUGCACUACAGCCAAUCCUUCGGUGGCAUAAAGGAGAAAAUAUUGCUCAGCGGAAUCAAACUGUAUUUGAGAGGAACUGUCGUUCAGAUGACUGCACUGCAGACUUAAAGAUCCAGGGCAAGUUGCUGCUGUCAAGCACUAUUAAGCAGCCAAUGUAUCUGGCACUUGGAGAAGUGAAAAAUGUAUCACUAAAUAUUAUUAUUUCAAAUCUGGGGGAUGAUGCCUACGAUGCCAGUGUUUCCUUUAACUUCUCUAAGCAACUCUUUUUCAUCAAGGUGUGGCAAAAUGAAGAGAAAGGCAUUUCCUGUGAAUUACUAGAAGUUGACUUCCUGAAGUGCAGCGUGGGAUUUCCUUUUAUGCGAUGGAAGUCUAAGUACCAGUUCAGUGUUUUCUUUGAUACCACCCAUUUAUCUGGAGAAGAGGAAGCACUGGAAUUCCAGGUCACUGCACAAAGUGGAAACUUGGAGCGCUCCGACUCUUUACUUGACAACCAGCUACUUUUAUCAGUGCCUUUGGUACAUGAAGUGGACAGUAUAAUCACAGGUACGGUUCUUCCAACUUUGUUUGUAUAUGGGGAUUCCACAGAGGCAUCCAGGUUCAUUAAGCUGGAAGACUCAGUUUGCCUUUUUCAACCACUAAACCUCAGCUUACAGGUUAUUAACACAGGUCCAAGCAGCUUGCCAGGAGCUACUGUUCACAUACUCAUUCCAAAUCGCCUUUUAGCCACGGGAACAGAUGUUUUUCUUGUUCUGGAAGCAACAGUUGGUGAAGGACAAAGUUGUUCAUUCCAUGUGAACCCAACACCCUGUGUUGUCCCUCAGGAAAAUGAUAAUAUCUUCCAUACCAUCUCUGCAUUCUUUAAAAAGUCUGGCCGGAAAGUGCUGGACUGUGAUAGGCCAGGCAGAUCCUGUCUGAUCAUAAGCUGUUACCUUAAUUAUCUAACAAAGGAGGAAAUCAGAAACAUUAAUGUCCAUAUGCUGCUUAAUACAGAGAUCUUAAAGAAGGACAGUUCUUCAGUUAUCCAGUUUGUCACAAGGGCCUUUGUGAGAGUGGAGACAAGUCUUAGAGUUAUAGAAAAUCCUGAUGGUCUCCCAGACGACGUCACUAUGGUGUUUGAGGCCUUACAUAAUUUGGAGCCCCGUGGUUAUGUUGUUGGAUGGAUUAUUGCUAUCAGUUUACUGCUAGGAAUUAUUGCAUUCCUAUUUCUAGCAGUGCUUCUUUGGAAGAUGGGCUUCUUUCGUCGACGAUACAAAGAAAUUAUCGAUGCUGAGAAGAAGAGGAAGGACAGUGAAGAAAGUUGGGACUGGUUCCAGAGAAAUUACUGAACUUGUGGAUGCAUUCUCAUCAUAUAAAGCUAGUCUACUUGCUGUUUUAUACGUGGAACAAUGAAGAUUUUUUUUUUUUCAGAGGCUUUAAUGAUGUCGUUAUCUUCUUGCAGCUGAAAAGCUUGGAACUAUUUCAAGAUUCAACUACUUCUAUGGACAUAGAGUGCAAGAUGAUUAGCUCAAGUUGUACUUCCUGACAGAAAUAGACAAUAGGAAGUGGAGGCUGCAGUGUAGUUAAUUAA